AUGGCGAAGCUGAUGCAUGAGUUGAAGAGUCCGUCAAGGACACCAGAGGUUGAGUUCACAGAAACAUCAUCUGACAGCCCGUCUCCGGAUAGUCGAGAGGCAGUUGGGUAUGAGAGUGGUUUUGAGAGAGACCUCGACGUAACUCAAGAUGAUUUGCUUGAAGCAAGAGAGGUUGCAUCUACCUUGUCUCUCGAAGAUGUUCACAAAACAAUGAAGAGAGUAUAUACGCUUCAUAAAAGAGACCCCAACUUUCCUCUUUCUGUCAUUAAGAAGAUUGAAGUAUUCCUGGGUAUGGGGCCCAACGAGCAUCCGACUAUCACUUACUCAUAUCAGACAGAUACCGACGAUAUUCUACAACACCCAGAGCGCCAUGAAGCUCUGAUCCAAGAAAUUAAGAUCGAGGCAGCACUCAUCACACACAACUCUCCAUAUGCUGAAGUCAGAGCAAUAGUAAGCAACCGCGAUGACCCCAGCAUGCCGUGCUCCACGAUCCGUGCUUGGCUCGUGGGCAUUAUCUUCUCAUGCGCUGUGUCCUUCAUCAACAGCUUUUUCGAGAUCCGGCAACCAAUGAUCGGUGUCAACACUGUUGUUCCUCAGCUCUUGGCCUAUCCGUUUGGGAAGUUUCUCGAGAAGACUCUUCCUGAUAUUGGUGUUACUGUAUUUGGUGUUCGGCACAGCCUGAAUCCUGGGCCUUUUAAUAAGAAAGAACAUAUGCUGAUCACUAUUAUGUCGAGUAUAUCGAUGGGGACACCGUAUACCAAUUACAUUGUUUGGAUACAGUAUCUUCCAUUCUACUUCAACCAGCCUUACGCGAUAAGCAUCGGGUAUCAACUCCUGCUGGGACUUUCGUCCAAGUUCAUCGGUUACGGCCUCGCUGGUAUCUGCAGACGCUUCCUUAUAUAUCCAUCAUAUUGUCUAUGGCCAACUACAUUAGUGUGUAUUGCUUUAAAUACAGCAUUGCACGACGAAGCCGACAUGGCCGUCCCUGGCCCCUUCAAGAAGAUUUGGAAUACAUCCCGCUUCAAGUUCUUCAGUCUUGCAUUCGGAGCAAUGUUUGCCUACUUUUGGCUUCCCAAUUAUCUUUUCGCCGGCAUGACUUGGUUCAGUUGGAUGACUUGGAUAUCUCCGAAUAACCGGGAUCUAGCAACUAUAACUGGAGGACACACUGGUCUUGGUCUUAAUCCCUUCCCGACAUUCGACUGGAAUAUCGUCACGAUGGGCUGCGACCCUCUCAUGGUGCCAUGCUUUACCACCUUCAACCUUUUCUGCGGUACAAUGUUGUCCUUUUUUGUCAUUCUAGGGGUUUAUUACGGAAACGGCUACUACACGUCUUAUCUCCCUGUCAACUCAAACCGUGCCUUCGACCAUUUUGGUGGGCUAUACAAUGUCUCAGCUAUUCUAGAUGAACGUGGGAUAUUUGAUCCUGAGAAGUACGAGGCAUACUCACCUGCUUUCCUUACAGCAGCUCAUCUAGGAUCAUACAUGAUGUUUUUCGCCAUGUAUACAGCUGCUCUUACUUAUGGUGCGCUUUAUCACCACCAUCAAAUAGUGUUAGGUUUCAAGAGCCUUGUCAACAGCUUUCGAGGUUCAAAGAAGGGAGACAUAGAAGAUGGACAAGUGUUAGAUGCCCACAACCGUCUUAUGAAGACAUACCACGAAGUCCCUGAAUGGUGGUACUUGAUAUGUCUCGCUUUAGCUUUCGUCAUUGGAAUCGUCGGCAUCUCCCAAUGGCCAACGCAUACCACCCCAGCAGUCGUACCCUUUGGUAUCAUUCUGAGUCUCAUAUUUGUUGUACCAGUUGGUAUCAUAUCAGCUACUACGGGCAUUGCUGUCCCGCUCAACGUGAUAGCUGAGUUUCUGGGGGGCUCCUUUGCCGAAGGAAAUGCCAUUGCAUUGUGUUUCUUCAAGACAUUUGGAUACACAGCUUGUGCCCAAGCCAUAUACUUCAGCGCAGACUUGAAGCUGGCACACUACAUGAAGAUACCUCCGCGCUUCACGUUCUGGGCACAAAUGGUACCAACGCUUGUUUCCACCUUCGUCUCUGUUGGGGUUCUACAGUACCAGAUUCACUUAGAAGGCGUUUGUACAACAAAUGCGCCUUACCGCUUCACGUGUCCUGGUCUGAACAACUUCUUCACAGCUGCUGUGCUUUGGGGAACUAUCGGGCCUAAGAAGCUCUUUGGACCUGGGGGCCAGUAUGUCGAGACCCUGGUAGGCUUUCCCUUUGGUGUUGCUUUAGUGUUGCUGUUUUGGUGGCUGGGAAAACGGCACCCAAAUAACAAUAUUAUUCGAAGCACUCACCCUGUUGUUUUCCUCGGGGGUGGUAUGAUUUGGGCGCCGUAUAAUAUCAGCUACAUCUGGCCAGCUGUGCCGAUCGGCUGGUUCUCUUGGAUGUAUAUCAAGAAGCGAUAUCUCGCUUUCUGGGCAAAGGCAGGUUUACAAAUGAGCUAUAUUCAGUGA